UGACAUCGCCAUCCUAGGAAAACAAAAUAGUCUAACCUUUGGUGAUUCAGCUUCCAGUCUCAUCUUCGCUAACAUAAACUUUCCUGUUUGACCGUGUAGUUGAACCUGAUAGAGAAAUGUCUUCAGCACCGACAUUUUCAGGUAAAGACCCAAACCAACACAAGCGUGUGUCUUCAAAGUCAAACCCUGGAUUCCUGGAGAGAUUAGGUGAAACUGCAGGAGGAACAGUCUUCGGAGUUGGACUGUUUUUCCUCUCAAUAUACAUUCUCUUCACCAAUGAGGGACGGGCUCUGCAGACAGCGUCCUCCCUGAAUGAAGGUCUCUCUCAGGUCGUGUCACUGGGACCUUCCUCCAGCCUCGACCUGCAGAACAACAACCGUUUAGUUCACCUGUCUGCAAAGCUGCGCACCGCACAGCCCCUGCAUGACCCCAACUACAGAGUGGUGGUGCAGGCAGUGAAGCUGAAGAGGCAGGUGGAGAUGUAUCAGUGGGUGGAGUACCAGGAGAGCAAGGACUACCAAGAGAACGGUGAAACCAAAACUGAAACGACGUACACCUACAACACAGAGUGGAAAUCAGAGUUGAUCAACAGUCGCAAUUUUGAUAAGGAAAUUGGUCACCAGAACCCAAGUGCCAUGGCGGUUGAGAGUGUGACAGUCGUGUCUCCUGAAGUCACAGUUGGACCUUUCAGUCUGUCUAAAGGCCUGGUGGAGCAGAUCAACAAUUUCCAGACACUGAGCUUGAGGAAUCUCAUUGGCUUUAACUUGGACCCUUUUCUCACCAUUGACGAUGAUUAUUUUUAUCACACUCAGUACCCGCGCAGGCCAGAGGUCGGGGAUGUUCGUGUGAGAUUCUCCUUCGCUGGACUAAGCGGUGAGACGUCCCCCUUCGGCCCAGCCCAAACUGUCAGUAUUGUGGCGAUGCAGAGAGGCGAGCAGCUGGUGCCCUUUAAGACCAAGUCAGGUGACACUCUGGAGAUCCUGUACCUAGAGGAUCUCUCUGCAGAGGAGGUUUUUGAGAAGGAACACCAGUACAACAGUAUGAGGACAUGGGGUCUCAGGGCUGCUGGCUGGGCGCUCAUGUUCCUUAGUAUUCAGCUGACCAUGCGCAUCAUCUACACACUGGUGGACUGGGUUCCUAUUCUCAGAGAGCUUGUGUCCGUGGGGCUGAAGAUCUUCGCCUUGUGCGUCUCCUGCUCUCUGUCUCUUCUCACCAUUGGAGUAGGUUGGCUUUUUUACCGACCGUUAGUGGCAGUGGCUCUGGGAGCGCUUGCUCUGCUUCCAGUGUUUCUCGCCCGCUCGGGACUUCCAGCCAAGAAGAACGAGUGACUAGUCAACUGAUGAUCAUCACAAGUUUCUGACGUCUGGUCGUAUCCGUCUAUCAGAGGAGAGAGACAGUUAUUGUGCAGCUUUUUUUUCUACAGUGGAUUGUAAACUGUACAGGAUUAAAGUGACAAUUUUAACUAUGGCAAUAAAUAUGUUUUGCUCUUGUAGAUACAAUAAUAGGUUUAAUCCAACAUCCAUCAAAGUUUAAAUGCACUUGAACGUAUCAGCCUGUAAAUAAAUGUGUGUAUAAAAGGAUAUCACACUGUAACCACUCAGUUGAUGUACUGUUAGACACAGGUGGAAGUCCUCAGUUGUUGCCUUAAACAAAAUGUUAUCAGCUGUGACCUUUCAAAAGUUCAUCCACACACACAAAACCUCCUGUGUUCUCACUUGAUAUUUUGUUGUUCACAAUGAGCAACACAACAUUACUAUGGUGUCAUUUUUUACUGUAAAUAAAACUUGCCAAAGUCUUGUUGCUUCUGCCACUAAA